UGUUUAGCAUGCCACGGUAGCCACCGCACGCAUGAGUGCCCCGACAAAAAAUAUAUCAAGCCGCGGAGUCCUUGCUAUCAUUGCGGAGGCGACGAUCAUUGGAGUGUCGACUGCACUGCGCCUAUAGAGGUCCAGAGGGCUUACCGCAAGAAGUGUUUCAUUUGCCAGCAGAGUGGACAUACUGCGCGCAAUUGUACCCACCGUGUUGAACGCAAGCCUUCGAUCCCGUGCCCUGCGUGCGGUGAUCCUGGCCAUUGGCCUUCGAAGCCGUGCAUCGCGUGCAGCAGUCCUGAUCAUCUGAUACGCCACUGUCCUGACAGGACUCACAUAAAACCAAACGUCCGUUGCCGCCGAUGCGGUAGCUCGGACCAUUGGUUUGUUGAUUGUACUGCGUCCAGUAAAGUGCGGAAUGCCUAUCGCAUGACGUGUCCCAUUUGUGGGGAGAAGGGACAUCCGCCACGCGAUUGUCCAAAUCGAGCGCAGCAUAAACCUUCGAGGCCGUGCGCUGCGUGCGGUAGUCCCGAUCACUGGUUGUAUGACUGUCCUGAC